AUGUUGAUUAAAACAAGUGAUGAUGAUAAAACAAUAACUCAUUUUGAUCAUAAUCUCGAUGAAAAAAUUGUUCUUGAUGUUGAUGAAUUAAAUAUAGAAAAAAUCAUGUACCAAACAAAAUCUCUUUCAUUUCAAAUCGAUACCGAACAUAAUUCAUUGACUAUCGAUAUAGAAUAUAUUCCAAAAGAUUCUCCUUGUUUCUCAAUUCUUAUCUAUUAUUCAACAUCAUCUGAUAAAUCAAAAGCAUUACAUUGGAUGACAAUCGUACAAACUGCUGAUCGACAAUAUCCUUUCAUGUACAGUCAAUGUCAACCGAUUCUUGCACGAUCACUAUAUCCUUGUCAAGAUACACCUGGUGUCAAAAGUACAUAUACAGCUAAAAUCACUUGUCCUAAACCAUUGACUGUGUUAAUGAGUGUAAUACAAACGAAACAUGAUUUAGAUACAAAUACAUAUUAUUUUGAGCAAACUAUUGCUGUUUCAUCUUAUUUGAUUGCUAUUGCUGUUGGUUAUUUAGUUUCGUGUAAUUUAAGUGAUCGUAUACGUGUAUGGUGUGAACCAAGUAAAUUGAAGCAAUGUAAAUAUGAAUUUGAAGAUACUGAACGUGCUUUAUCUACUGCUGAACAACUUCUUGGUGAAUAUAAAUGGAAACGAUAUAAUUUUCUUGUUUUACCACCAUCAUUUCCAUAUAAGCCAGUUUUAUUUCUUCUAUUAAAUUAA